AUGGCCGACUCCUCAGUAUAUGAGGAAUGCGAGCAUAUAAUCACGUCCUAUAACUCCGAGAAUAGCAACAAUGAGCAGAUCGUCGACUUGGUACAGAACUUCCCGAAUGAAUUCUUCGCAACGCUAUUGUCGCAAGAGCCACUCUUACAGUCUAGUUUAAGUUUAUUGAAGGUUGUUAUUCUCUCAUUAGAAGGUGAAUUCAAGCAAUCAGCGCAAUCAGCUUUCUGUGAUACUUUCAGUGUCAUAGAUUUGCCAUAUGAGGAUACAGCUGCUGGUAUAUGGGCAAAGUUGAGAACUGCACAAGGUGACACUCAGCUGAAGGAGCAGCUCGCUCUUGUAACUUCCCAACGGAGACCACUUUACGAUUUAGCGAGGCAGUUGAUAGUUGAGGGCUAUAUCCCCGCCGACUUACUUUCUCAGCGAAUUGGAGCAACUGGUUUGAACGUUUUAGGUGUUAUUAACGAUCCCAACGUACACCAGCGGAAGGAGGCUAGAGCGAAUACAUCUGCAAUCUACCGUCAACACCGUUUCAACCUCCAUAGAGAAGUUGCAGAGGGUUUCGCAAAGAUGUCAACCCUCAUAGUCAAUCUAAUGGGCGACGAAAUGCAGGUCAAUGUUAUCAGGACACCAGAAUACAUCGAAGCAGAAAAGAAGCGUGCUCAUCAGUGCUGGAUUGGUAUAGAGAAGCUUAUCGGUUUCUUCGAUUUGGAUCCACUCAGAGCACUUUCAACUAUUUUGGACCUUUUUGCUUCAUCGGUUGCGACCCACUGGCGUUUCUUCUUAGCCCUCUUAGAUUUCUCUCCAUGGAGACGCAAAACAGUACCGCAUUCGAUGGACGUAGAACCUACGCCUGGAAAAUACGAAGGCUGGGACUUCAGUAACAUCAUCAACGAUGCAGAGCAGGGUAGGAGACAGCCACUGGAUGUUCCACGUAAAGACAACACAUCAUCUAUCGAGGGUAAUCUUGUUAUUGCCCAGGUGCUGGGUUUUCAGAUGAAAUACUACCAAAGAAAGCAAUCUGAGAAGAUAUUAGACAAUUGUUACCACCUUUGCGCUUUACUCAUACGGGAAGAUUAUGUAGCUCUUCUUGAUCUACUCCCUCAUCUCUCUCCAGAUGAAAAAAAGAUGAAUGAAUUAAAGAGUACCUACAAAGAUAGCCUACAAGACAAGCUUAUGUCAGCUAAAACAUCUAACAACAAACUGGCAAUGGCUGCUCCACUGAGUGACGAUAUACCAUCUGCCUCCAAAGGUGUAGCAAGCCAGGAGGAAAAAGUAGAGGAAGACAAGAAGAAGAAGAAAGAGGAAGUACCAUUUGAACCACCACUUCAGAAAGUUUCGCUAGUGAUCUCGUUACUCAGCGUUGGUGCACUCAAAGAGGCUUUCUUUAUGCUUUCUUUAUAUCCACACUUGCCUUAUCUCUUCCCGCGCAUUUGUGACUUAAUCCUUAGAAUUGCAAACCACUCCAUAGAGCCGAUUUACGCACCAAUCUCAACACGCUCGAAGCGCAAUAUCGAGAAGAAGGGCGGUAACAACAAGAUCUUCAGCUGCGAAGCUCCAACGCCAGUAGCCAGUGAAACAAAGGAAUUUGUGUUCUUUUAUGAAAAGUGGAUAGAGAAUAUCCCCCAAGCAUACACAGUCAAGGAAGCACUAACAGUUAUCGAUGGAUUCCUUAAAUUUGUUGGUCCAUGUUGCUCUCGCAGUGUUGUAUUCUUCAACAAGCUUUUGCGAUUUGGUGGUCACGAGAUCAGUAAGUCGCAAGAGCCUGAAAAUAUGCAGCCAUGGAUCGACAUGACGAGAAAUUACUUCUUCCCGGGCCUGGCCUUAUCGAAGCCAAGCAACACACUCUCUAGUGCCCUCUGGAAUAUCAUGAAGCACUUCCCACUUCCUACGCGUUAUCAGUUAUACGGAGAAAUGCGUGGCUCGACAUUAAAGCGUCUUCCGGAAGUGCGCGUGAAGUACUUAGAGACUGAACGCGACUCAAAAUCCAUCUUGCGUCGUUUGAGUUCUAACAAAGCCAUCGUUAAAGCACAUGGUAGAUCUAUCGCUAAGAUAUCGCAAACAAACCCUGUUGCUUUGUUCACAACGGUUUUGCAGCAAGUCCAAUCUUAUGAAAAUAUAGCACAGCCAGUUAUAGAUGGAUCUAGCUACCUUUCAGAGAUGAGCUAUGAUGUAUUUACGUACGCCUUAUUGGAUUUCUUCACCGAUCCAGCCAAAGAGAGAACAAAAUUGGAUGGUACAAAUGCAUCCCUCUGGUUGCAAAGUUUGGCGACCUUCACUGGUGGUCUCUUCCGUCGUCAAGUCAACUACAUGGACCCAACGCCGCUGAUCACUUACAUUGCACACGAGCUGAAAAGAUCCCACGUAAAAGAUCUCAUCAUAUUUAGGGAGAUUGUGAAAGAGAUGUCGUCUGUUCACCCACUUGCUGACCUCAGUGACGCACAAAUCGUCUCACUUAGUGCUGGUCCCGCACUAAAAAGCGAAGCGAUCCCACAAGAAAGCGGUGAUGCAGCACGUCUAAUUAAGAAGUCAUCACGUAAAUUGAGACAUGCGCUUCAUUCAUCACAGUUGACUGUUCCACUGUUGGUUUUGAUCGCACAGCAAUUACAAGUUUGCGUAUAUAUGGUACCGGAGAAUGAAUCACAUCCAAAGCAUUUAUCAACACUUUACGAUGAGACACUUGGCGUAAUGUUACAGUAUAUAGAAUUCCUGAGAAGUACACCACCAUUGCCGACAGAUCCAUGGUCGAAAUAUGAAGAUUCAUUGCCAACCUUUGAAGAUUUGGUUUCCAAGUAUGGAUUAGAAGUUGGUGUUGCGUUCACUAUCAUCAGACCUCAAAUCUCAUCUGAAAUUUACGCAUACGAGAAGCAGAAGCGUGCUGAAGAUGAAGCAGCAAAACAGCAAGCAAAAGAGAAUGAAAAAGCAAAUGAAAAGGCGAAUGAGAAGCAAGAUGAGAAACCACAAGCAGAUGUCUCCGAGGUCGCCACCGAAGAGAAACCUCCAACAGAGGAAGUAGUUGACGUAAAAAUGGAAACUGAUCUUGCACCCCAAGCAGAGCAGGAGCCUCAAACGGUUACAUCACAGCCACUGAAUCCGCAAGCGAGCAAAGACAAGAAAGACAUCUGGCAUCCUCUUCUCCUCAACCUCAUCCAGCAGAUGAAGAAUGUACUAGGAGAUAUGAUCAAAUCGUCAUUAUCACCUGCUUUCGUCACAACUUUUUGGCAGUUGAGUAUGUAUGAUAUUUCUGUACCGAUUGAGAGGUACGCACAAGAGAUAAGCAACCUCCAAAGUGCUGCCAAAACACGCGAGUGGAUGCUCGUUGACAAGGAGACUGGUCUUAGCAAAGCUUUAACAGUCCCAGCCCGUGUGGAUGCAUUGAAAGCUGAUAUGACAGAACAUAUGAAGGUGUACGAAUCAACCAAGAGACGCAUAAGCUCGGAAAAGCAAUUCUGGUUCAGCAACGAAAUGACAAUUGCUACUCGCAAUGCUGCGACGAAUUACUACAUCCAAUAUUGCAUUAUGCCUCGUGUUGUCCUCAGCCCAGAAGAUGCCCUUUAUUGUGCCAGGUUCUCAAAGCUUAUGCACGCUUCCGGUGUACCUUCAUUCCCAACUUUGCUUUUUUACGAUAAGGUAUUCUGUGAAAGUCCUUCAGCUAUUCUCUCAUCCUCAACGGAAAACGAAGCAAGAAACUAUGCCCGCUUCCUGACUGAGCUUCUCUCAGAAGUUGCAGGAUGGCAGAAAGACGAAAAGACAUACCUCGCCGGUGCAAGAGGCUCAGGCUCACAGCCACUUCCUGGAUUCCGCAAGAGCUGGGAUAUGCACAACAACGAUAUUCUGACUUACGACGAAUUUAAGAAAGCUUUCAGUAAAUGGCGUAUCAAGUUACUUAAUGCCUUCACAGCGUGUGUCAAGUCAGGAGAGUACAUGCAUGUCCGUAAUGCGGUAAUCGUCUAUAACAGGAUCAGCGAGCACUUCCCAGACUCACACAAGACGGGUGAAAGUAUGUUUGUAAUGGUUAAACAGCUUAUCGCAGAUGAGAAGCGUGAUGAUCUCAAAAUUCUAGCCCAGGGAUACCUCGCUCAGCUCACUAAGAGGAGACAUACAUGGGGAGGUUCUGAUCAAGCUCCACCUAAGACAUCUGAAGAGAAAACUGGAGCACCAGCUGAGAAAUCACCUACGGUGGACGAUAAAACCGCCACACAGCAAACAGAGAAAGCUGACAUUCGUCAAGAAGCUCGUCUUAGAGAUAGACUGGAUGCGCGCAAGCAAUCGCGUAGUGGACCUGUCAAAGAAAUUAGUAUCAAGCGCUCAAGCGAACAACGGGAGGUUCCUACUGCACCAGCAAGCGAUCGUCAUGAUUCUCAACAACAAAAAGCAGAUUCUGGUAGAAAUAAUAACUUACCGAAUAAGCCUAGUGCAAGUACAGGAAGACAAAUCCACAGCAAUGGCGAAAAAACCGCCCAGCAGGCGCAACCAAGAUCACGUUCACCAAGUACAAAUGGAAAGAGGAGAUCGCCUCCACCUAGCAGAUCUGAUAGUAGAGCUAAUACUCCAAGUAACACAGCACCUGCUCUUCAAGGUAUCAAAGGCAGGGCAGCUUCAGCUUCAGCUCCAGCUCCAGCGCCUGCUUCAGGCGGUGGUGCAUCCUUGCUUAGUCGCUUCGAGCUAGACACCGAUCGCGAGAGUCGAAGCAGUGGCGGCCGUAGCAGAAAUAGAUCGCCUUCACCCCAACGCAGUCAAGGUAGCCGCAAGUACGAUCAACGUGAUAGACGCGAGCAACGAGAGCGUGAACCACGAGAAUCAAGAGAACCACGAGAACCACGGGAGCAACGUGAACGUCGUGACCAUCGCGAUCAACGUGAUCAACGUGAUUAUCGCGAGAAGCAAGACAAACAUGACGAUGAAAGACACGAAAAGCGUCGCAGAAUUGAAGAUGAUGGAAGACACGAUAAUCGCAAACGUUCAGCAUACGAUGACAGACAAGGAUCUACGACGAGCAAACGUUCACGCAAUGACCAGAGUAGGGCCUUUGAAAACGCGAUGUCUGCUGCAUCCUAUAAUGACGAAACCAGAAGAAAGCGCACCGAUGAUAGGAAGGACGAGAGGGAGAGAGAAGUGAGACGAGAUGAAAAAUAUAGAAGAAAAAGAGAUCGUUAA